CUCCGCUGUGUGGCGGUUGUUGUGCCACGCGCGCCGCGAGGAGGGAGCACCGUCCGCCGCCGCAGGUCUGACCACCGCCUUAGUCAGGUGACCCGCAGCUGCUGGUGACUGAGGGCCAAGGGUUAAUCGUAGGAAUCAUCCAGGAGGUUGUGGCUGAAUACUGGACCAGGGAGAUCAAUUCCUAUUCUGUAUGGCUCUCACUUGCGGGGCCAAGUGCGCCAAAGCCCUGCUGAUCACCUUUAAUCUCAUAUUCUGGCUGUCGGGCCUGGCGCUCAUCGGGCUGGGCGCGUUCCUGCUGAUCGACGAGCACCGGUCGACGCUGUUCCGGCUGUUCCGGGCGGACGAGAGCCACGCGCUCCCGCAGUACCUGGCCUACGCGCUCGUCGGCACCGGCCUGCUGGUGCUGCUCGUCGGCUUCUUCGGCUGCUGCGGCGCCGUCAAGGAGAGCAAGUGCCUGCUGGGCGCGUACUUCGCCUUUCUCUUCGUCAUACUCGCCUGCGAGCUGGCCAUCGGAGUACUUGCCGUCAUCUUCCAGGACAAGAUAUUAUCGGAUAUGAAAGACAACUUGAACAAUGCGCUCAAAAAAGACUACGGAAAGAAGACUCACGUGACUACUGCCUUCGACUGGGCGCAGGCCAAGAUGCUGUGCUGCGGGGUGUUCGGGCCUGCUGACUACACCGAAAGCGUGUGGAAGGCGGAGAGUAUCGGGCGCGGCGACAACGUGAGCAAGACGUGCUGCCGUCUUCGCGACGAGGGCGAGCCGGACGCGCACAAGAACCCGCGGCCGCUCAACGAGACGCUGUGCCAGAGUGCGGCUGACGCCCAGCAGAACCCGUACCGGCACAACCGGGGCUGCAUAAGUGCACUGGAGGAGUUCGUCAAGCGGGAGAGCACGCUGCUCAUCGGCGUCGGCUGUGGAGUGGCCGGUCUAGAGAUGAUCGGCAUGAUAUUCUCCAUCUGUCUCUGCAAGGAGGUGUAGCCCCGUUGGUGCUGACCCAAGCUCGCGCACUGCCACAUUCGUAAGGCGGCCGGCCUGUACUGCGCGAAGGUCCAGGAGGGCCGGAAAGGAUGCGAGAGAGGAUGGUGCCACUAAAGUGGCUCUAGUCGAGUCCUGGAAGAGACGUGUUCCAUGUGUGUCGAGCAGGCGGUAGUCGAGUGAGAGGUGCGCUUCUCUUCACGAUCGAUUUGUGUCUGAACCGCCAUCCAAUAUUCACUGUAGCCGUACAAGAGCCGCGCGUAAAGAGACGUCCGUAUUUUUCGUGUCAAACAAUCGGGCUGCAGCGCUCCCCACCUUAUGCACGCACGAGAUGCUUCGCUCCGAUGCGCGGAAUUGCCUGUCGCAAGUCCUUUGCACCCACCGCGCUCCCUCUGUGUAAAUUAUAUGUCCCAACGCGCGCAAACAUUUUGACAGAUAACCCAGUGACAGACGUCAACAUCCGCAGCUUUCAACGUUUCAUUUUUCACUGUGAAGACGUUUUGCAGCCGGCCGGAUAGGUUUCGAAGCAGCGGUAUGCUUCUUUUGCUCUAUUAGCGUUGAUGAAAAAUUAAGGCCAGCGCAACAGAUUUUAAGCACUGAGCCUUAUUCUCAUGAAACGUUUUACUCAAACCUUUUAUUCCCCUUUGUUUCUAGAGAUCUCUCGAUUCCCCGCCUAAGCAUUAUCGCGACUCCCUUGGAUGUAAAAGCUGCACGUAGGGUCCUCAUUUCUUCUGUCACAUAGGGGCUAAAGAUAUUUCAGCAACCAAUCAUCGGCUAUCUCGGUGUAGUCUAGAGAAGACCAUCGGCGUUUCUGACCUGCGAAACGUCAGCGCUAGUUCCACUGCCCCGAGAACCUCUCGCAAUGUCAACUCGGGUAUGUGUCACCCGAGCAACCAAGGAGCUUGAGCGAUGGUCACCGUGAAGACGCCGCAGAAAGGCGUGCCGGGCUAAAACGAGCGUUUAGGCUAUCAAACGGCGGCAGGUAGCUUUCCUGCUUUCUUUCAAUGCUUCUGGUAGGACGCCUGAACAUAGAUGGUCGUGCUAACUACACUACCGAAUAACGGAUAUAAUUGUUUAAGCCAGAUCGAGAUGUUUGGCCGCCAGUCCGACAUUGUAAGCAUAAUUUCUUUGCGAACUGUCCGAGCAUGGAGCCUAUGUAGAGGUAGGCGUUUACUGCAUGAUAAAAUCAGGUGCACAUAAAUUUGCUACGGAAAGCACAUUUAGGGAAGAGGACCGUAUUACUUAUCAUAACACGGACGCACACACAAGAUACCACCGGGGCCACAACAAUAUUUAUGGUCCCUCAUGGUACAGCCGAGCCUCAGGGGUCUCUUGGGGCACGCUGGCAGCGACACAAGCAUAAGCCGGCUUGACUCAGCCAACACCUGAGACCUUUCGGCAAAAUGGUGUUACUGUCAUCUGCAGCGUACCUCGGCCUCAGACUCAAAAUGUGAGGAUCAUUUGUUAUUCUGCUCUGUUUCGAUUGGUGAACGAGACUAGAUUGCUGCGACCGCCCCCCUUUGCCUCAAUUAACGAAGGCGACACUCAAGAUUGACUCGACAUGGUUUCUUGAAGUAUAAGACAUUACGUGGAAGUUUUUUGCGUACAGUUACCGAUAUGCUAUUAUUCAUUAUCACCGGCACCUGAUUUAGGUCCACUGCAGGACGAAGACGAUUGCCAGCUUGAAGACAGCGUGCCUGCAACUGUUACAUGUUUGAUGUCUCAACUUCGUAAUCACAACGGAUUGCCACUGUUUAAUAAGGUGAUCGACAUUCGCGUAUGCGGUUACAUGCAGCCCGACGUUCCGGGCCUGUGGUCACGGUGCGUCUCUCGAUGUCCGGAGCCCGCCGCGUUGGCAGGCAUCCAGGAAGUCGCGAAAUCGGUAACACCGAAUUAUAAAAUGCGCUGUAUAUUAUUGCCACAAUCGUAAUGAAAAAAAAAAAAAAAAAACUUGUUGCACCUAC